AUGGACGACGACAACCCUUUUCAAUCAAAAAAUAACCCAAAAAUGGCAGAACUCUUUAUGGAAUGUGAAGAAGAAGAGCUGGAACCAUGGCAGAAGAAAGUAGAAGAAAUUCUGGAUGAAGAUGAUGAUGAGCUGAUUUUUGUUGGAGAGAUAUCAAGUUCAAAACCAGCCAUUUCAAAUAUUUUGAACAGAGGUAACCCCAGCUCAUCUUCAAAGGGAAUAAAGAAUGAGACACUCACUCAAGGUGUUACUGAUCCAUUCAAGCCUACAAGUCAACACUGCAAAGAUCCAACAUCAAAUCCAGUGGCUGCCUUGCCUAGAUUUCAUCCUGAAUCUAAAUCUUCACAGAAUUCUGUUAUUGUUCAGAACGUGUCUAAACCUGAUUUUACAAAGAAUUCAUUACAAGUUGAAUCGGAUGAUUCUUCAGACUUACUAUUUGACUUGACCCAGGAUACAAUUCCACUGUCCCAAGAGGGAUCAACAAUUUAUAUAGAAGGUAUAGAUCAAACUCUGCCUAUAUUAAAACGUUCUUCUGCCUCUAAAGUAAACAGUGUUACUCCAAAAAAGCCAAAGACCAGCGAAAGUGUUUCUGAAAUAAGUCCUUGUGCUUCACUGUCUCUAACUAACUCUCCUCCAGUGACAUCUUCCCAUGUUAUGAUAUCAAAAGGUACAAAUACCUCAUCAGCUCACUAUAAAACUGGAACACCUUUUCUAAGAUCUUGUCCAAAGUGCAAUGUAAAGUUUAAUCUUCUGGAUCCUUUGAAAUAUCACAUGAAGCGUUGUUGUCCAGACAUGGUAAACAAAUUUUUGGAAAUGAUUAAAGCAGAACUUGCAAUUACUGAAAAUAAAAAGACUGGUGCAGAGAAAGGAAAAUUGAUCAUGUUAGUUAGUGACUUUUACUAUGGAAGACAUGAAGGAGCUGUUGAUGAUGAACAGAAGACUUACACAACCUUUAAAUGCUUCAGUUGCUUGAAAGUUCUUAAAAACAAUAUUAGGUUUAUGAACCACAUGAAGCACCAUUUGGAACUUGAGAAGCAGAACAGUGAGAGCUGGGAAAACCACACCACCUGCCAGCAUUGCUACCGUCAGUACCCCACACCAUUCCAGCUGCAGUGUCACAUUGAGAGUACACACACUCCCCAUGAGUUUUCUACUAUUUGUAAAAUCUGUGAAUUAUCAUUUGAAACAGAACAUGCUCUUUUGCAACAUAUGAAGGACACUCAUAAACCCGGUGAAAUGCCAUAUAUUUGCCAGGUGUGCCAGUUUAGAUCAUCAACAUUUUCUGAUGUAGAAAGUCACUUUAGAACAUCCCAUGAAAACACUAAGAACUUGCUAUGUCCAUUUUGCCUCAAAGUUAGUAGAAUGGCAACUCCCUACAUGAAUCAUUACAUGAAGCAUCAGAAAAAAGGAGUUCAUCGUUGUACAAAAUGCAGACUGCAAUUUUUGACCUGCAAAGAGAAACUGGAUCACAAGACCCAGCAUCGGACCUUUAUAAAGCCUAAAGAGCUAGAAGGAUUGCCUCCUGGUACAAAAGUCACUAUUCGAGCCUCAAUUGGACCGCUUCAUUCAAAACCAGUUACAUCAUCUCCCAGUAGUAGUGUUCCAAGCACUUCUUCUUUUCAGCUCUCACCUGCGAAGUCUAAAAGUAUAACUGCUAAAAAUUCCACAAAAUCUAAUACAAGUAAAUCUAAGACAAGUAAGCUUCAUGGAACUAAACCUCAUACCAGUAAGCGAGGUAGAGGUGCAUCUAAAUGCAAGACUAAAACCUCUUACAAGCAAAAGAAACAACGUAACAGAAAGAAUAAAAUCAGCAUGGCUUUGAAGAACUUAAGGUGUCGUCGGGGAGUUCACAAGUGCAUUGAGUGUCAUUCCAAAAUAAAAGAUUUUGCAAGCCACUUUUCAAUAUAUAUCCACUGUAAUUUUUGCAAAUACAACACUAACUGUAACAAAGCCUUUAUAAAUCACAUGGUGAGCUCUCAUAGCAACCAUCCGACUAAACGGUUUUAUAUUUUUAAGAAGCAUUCUGGAACUCUCAGGGGCAUUACUCUCGUGUGCCUUAAAUGUGACUUCCUAACUGAUUCUUCUGGUUUAGACCGUAUGGCUAAACACUUGUGUCAACGUAAAACUCAUACUUGCCAAGUUAUAAUAGAGAAUGUUCCCGAAAGUACCUCAACUUCUGAACCCGAUUCUGAACCCACUUCUGAACCCAAUUCUGAACCCACUUCUGAACCCAAUUCUGAACCCACUUCUGAACCCAGUUCUGAACCCACUUCUGACCGCUUGUUGAAAUAG